AUGUUAUUAUUAUUCAUCACUUCGCCCACACUUGUCGAUGCCAAGGAAUGUUUGCAGUUGCUCAAUUCUUGGAGAAGUUUUUUGCGGAUUAAGAGUCGGAGUUGUGAUUUGUUGAAUUUGGCGCUGCUCAGAUUGGAUGGGGUUUUUUCCUGCGGCGCUGCAGGCUUGGGUGGAGAGUGGGCAGUCGAAGUAGGGGAGAAGUUUGAGGUGAUGGGAGGGAGGAGGGUUGGGAUGUGUUUUUUUUUAAUCUUUAUACCCAUAGAGAUUAACUUUUCAGAAUUUUGUACGAAAGCUUUCGCCAGUUCAUUAUUGCCUGACGGUGCUUGGUAUCAAUGA